GCCCCUUGGCGCCGAGAGCCGCUUCAGUGUUGCCGCGGCUCGCCCGGGCCCCUCGGCCAUGCGCCCCCGCGCCGCCCCCCGCGCUGCCGCCGCCGCCGCGGCGCUCGUGCUCUGCAGCCUCCUGCUGCUGCUCGCGCCCGGGCACGGGUGCCCCGCGGGCUGCGCCUGCUCCGACCCGCACACCGUGGACUGCCGCGACCGCGGGCUGCCCAGCGUGCCCGAUCCCUUCCCGCUGGACGUGCGCAAGCUGCUGGUGGCCGGCAACCGCAUCCAGCAGAUCCCCGAGGACUUCUUCAUCUUCUACGGCGACCUGGUCUACCUGGACUUCAGGAACAACUCGCUGCGCUCGCUGGAGGAGGGCACGUUCAGCGGCUCCGCCAAGCUCGCCUUCCUGGACCUCAGCUACAACAACCUGACCCAGCUAGGCGCCGGCGCCUUCCGCUCGGCGGGGAGGCUGGUCAAGCUGAGCCUGGCCAACAACAACCUGGCGGGCGUGCACGAGGCCGCCUUCGAGACCCUGGAGUCGCUGCAGGUGCUGGAGCUCAACGACAACAACCUGCGCAGCCUCAACGUGGCCGCCCUGGCCGCGCUGCCCGCGCUCCGCACCCUGCGCCUGGACGGGAACCCCUGGCUCUGCGACUGCGACUUCGCCCACCUCUUUUCCUGGAUCCAGGAGAACGCCUCCAAGCUGCCCAAAGGCCUCGGCGAAAUCCAAUGCUCCCUGCCCACGGGGAACAGAAGGGUAUCCCUGCACGAGCUGUCGGAGGCCAGCUUCAGGGAGUGCAAGUUCAGCCUCUCGCUCACAGAUCUGUUCAUCAUCGUCUUCUCUGGCGUAGCCGUGUCCACCGCUGCCAUCAUCUCCAGUUUCUUCCUGGCCACCGUGGUGCAGUGUUUCCAGAGGUGUGCCCCCAGCAAAGACACCGAGGAUGAAGAGAAGGAUGACGAUGACUGAGCCAGCCCCUCCCAUGCCUCGCUUUCCAGUACCCCAGCCAGUGGGCCCCUCAAAGGAGAGAGGGGAAUGCUGAAGACAGAGGAAUUGACCAGCUUCCGUGAGCAGAGCGGAGCCCUGCUCCUUGGAGUGCAAAUGUCUUGGACUCUAGGAGCCCCUGGUGGGACCUCCAGCCUCAUGUUGACAACUCAGCAGAGGAGAGGAGCCCAGGAAGGAUCACGGGAAUCAUUCCCAGAGGAGGACCUGCCUCUCAGUUUGAAGUCUGUGUGGAAAGAGGAUGACCAAAUCAGGCUUCAUCGCUGAUGACUGAGUCUCCCAAGGAGAUCUGCAGACUUGCAACUUUUGAAUGAAAAGAUGAUCUUGUGCCAUUCAUGUCUCUGUCCUGGGCUGGGAGAUCAAAGCAACUCCUUCCUCCCAAGAGACAGCAACUCAAGCCACAUGGAUUCAAGCUCAGAUCCGCCUUCAUGGGAGCCAGAAUUCUGCCCUUUGUGUAAAAGCCUCAGCAACCUUGGAAUGUUCUUCAGGGAAUUAAUAAACCCAUAUUUGGCAAAAAUGGCACCAAGGAAAAAACUAAGAACUGACCAGAGGGUUUUUGUUAUGCUUCUAUUUUCGCAAGCCAGUUAGUUAGGAAAACUUUUGUUGACGUGAUUCAAACCCUGAUCCUUAUCCUAAGAGGUAGCAACUUGUAGAGGCAAGGAUAGUCACCUUCUGCAAUUGUGACAGCCUCUUUGUUCUGAAUCACUCUUCCCUCUGAAAUACAGUGAAGUUGUCUCCCUGCCCCCACCCCCAUCCCCAAGUCUAACCUCAUCCUCAGCCAUUCUCUACUCUUGCAGUGUACUAGAGUUGACGUCUUCAGAACUUGCAAUAGACUUCCCUGCAGGUCAGGAUUCCAACAAGCAGGUUGUUCUGGACCAACAAGUGUUUAAAAGCCGGGCACAGGGCCUUAGGGUGAGUGAGAUAUUUCUUUGAAGCAUAGGCUAUGACAGGCAGUGUCUUCCAAGAUACGGAAUCCGGUGCUCUGGUUCAGAAACGAUAUGAAACAAAUGAAAUCAUGCGCCCUGGUGAGUUCAUACAAGAUGACUUGCGUUAGCACUGUUGGACCAUGCUGGGGAGCAAGAUUUAAAUUACGGGCUCCUGAGAUGCUCCCAGGGUGUUUUGGGCACCACUUGUUUCUCAUAAUCUGUCCCUCAAGUUUCCAUCCUCUUUGGCUCCCUUCCAUCUUGGCUUCCACAAAUAUUUACGGAGUGCUUCCCAAGUGCCAGACACUGUUCUAGGUAUGCACUGAAUGAGGAAGACAGGAUCCCUGUUCUCCGGGGCCUUACAGAACGAGUAAGCAAUACCAUAAUCACAGCAGUAAGGGCUGUGAAGGAAUAAAUGAGGUCACAUGACAGUGUGGUUGGGAGAUUCGCUCUGAGCUGAUGCCUGCCUCCCCCUCUGUCACCUUUUUACCUCCUGCCGUGGUUUCCUGGGGCUGCCGAAAAAAGUGCCAUGAACCGGGUGGUUUAAAACAACAGGAAGUGAUUGUCUCAGUCUGGAGGCUAGACGCCCCAAAUCAAAGAGAGCCUCAGCAGGGCCGUGCUGCCUCUGAGGUCUGCAGGGCUCAGGCCGUGGCUUGCCAGCCAUCCAUGCCAGCCAUCCAGGCCACCAUCCGUGCCACCAUCCAUGGCUUCCUCUGGCUGGUGGCAUAGCUCCAUCUCUGCUUCUGUCACAUGGCUGCCUUCUCUCCCUCCUUCUCUGUCUGUGUCCACAUGUCCUCUCCUUAUAAACACCCCAGUCAUACUGGAUUUGGCCCACCCUAAUCCAGUUUGGCUUCAUCUUAGCCAACAACAUCUUCAAAGAUGCUAUUUCCAGAUCGGUCACAUUCACCGACUGGAGGUAGGACUUGAACUUGUCUUUGGGGGGGACACAAUUCCAUGCCUAACGCCUCCCUCCCUCCUUUCCUGCUCUUCCAUCUCUUUCUCAGUCUCCCCUCCUUCGCCCUUGGGAGACUCGGUCACACCUUCUACUCCCCAGAGUUGUUGGCUCAGUGGACGAGACCCUGGCUCAGGGGUGCUGGCACAGAGUCGCUGGGCAGGCGGGGAAGUGAGCAGCUCUCCCCGGGCUCCGUGAGGAUGUCACCAGCGCGCAGUGCUCUCCCGAUGGGCAGCCCCUUCAGACGCUGACCCUUCGCCUCCUCCUGAGAAGGGAAAAACACAGGCCAGCAUGGGGACCCUGGAGACACCUGUAGGAAGACCCAAGAAAAUCCUCUGACAUUGAAGGGGGACCGUGAGCCACAACUGAAGCAGGGAAAGGCCUUUUGGGGUUGACCUUGCACCACCAGCAGGCAGUGACUUAGUGCUCCCCAAUUGCCCUAGAGUUCCACGUUAUUAUUAUUAUUGACAACAAUACUGAAAGUGCUACCUUCCAAUGGAGGGUCUCCUUAUGCUAGGAAAGUCCCUCUCCCACAUCCCCUCAGGAGAUAUUUGUGUGUCGGUUCAAAUCUCACCUCCCCAGAGUCUCUCUCAUCACCCCACCCCAUAUGUUUUUCUGUGCAGCACAUACUGUGACGUGAAAUUAUCCUAUUUGUCUACAUGUUUAUUGUCCAUCUUCCUGGACUAGAACGGAGCUUCCCGGAGGCAGGAACUUGGGCUGUUUGUGUGCCCAGCUUUUAGAACAGAGUCUGGCUUAUCGUUGGUACAUAAUAUGUAUUGGUUGAAAGAGCAAAUAAAUGGAUACUGGGUACUCUACAAACAUGAGCUCUAUUUACACAUCGUUACAACUCCGGGAGAGAGACACGAUUAUCCCAAUGUUACGGGGGAGGAACCAAGGCUCAGAGGAGGUGGGUAGAGUCCAGAAAGCA